GAUCUUACCCAAUCAUUCUCUUUCCCCAACAGGAUUUGAUUGACGACCUGAAGUCUGAGCUGAGUAAGAAUUUUGAGAAAGUUAUUAUUGGACUGAUGACCCCUAUCACUCUGUAUGAUGUGGAGGAGCUGAGAAGAGCAAUGAAGGGGGCUGGAACGGACGAGGGCUGCCUGAUAGAAAUCUUGGCCUCUCGUACCAACGAGGAAAUGCGGAGGAUUAAUGACACCUACCGCCGUCAGUAUGGAACCACCCUCGAGAAGGACAUUGCUUCAGAUACCUCCUCCAAGUUCCAGAGGGUCCUGGUGUCCCUGUCCACUGGCAACAGAGAUGAGAGUUCCCAUGUUGACCAGGGUCUGGCCAAAGAGGAUGCCAAGUGCCUGUAUGAAGCGGGGGAGAACAAGUGGGGCACCAGUGAGGGCCAGUUCAUUACUAUCUUGUGCUCCAGAAGCAGGAACCAUCUUUUAAGGGUAUUUGAUGAAUACAAGAACAUCGCUAACAAAGAUAUUACGGAGAGUAUUAAAUCCGAGAUGUCUGGAGACCUUGAAGACGCCUUGCUGGCAAUAGUGAAAUGCAUGAGAAAUAAACCUGCCUACUUUGCUGAACGGCUGUACAAAUCGAUGAAGGGCUUGGGGACCGAUGACGACACUCUGAUCCGCCUGAUGGUCUCUCGCUGUGAGAUCGAUAUGAUUGAUAUUAAGGCAGAGUUUAAGGGCAUGUAUGGCAAAUCCCUCUACUCUUUCAUUAAGGGAGACACCUCUGGGGACUACAGGAAAGUUCUGCUCCUUCUGUGCGGCGGAGACGACUAAGAGCUUCAAGAUGUCUUCCCCACAUUGAAGCCAUGUGGCUGGCUGUCCCCAUAGAAUCACCCUUUUAUGACUUGGGGACUUCAACUCCCAGAAUUCCCGAGUCAGGAAUUCUGGGAGUUGAAGUCCCCAAGCCAUACAAGGGCCAUACUUCCCCACCCCGGCCAUGACGAGUAGUCGAACCUUUCACAGAAAUGUUUUUGUUUUUUUAAAAUGCCAACCAUAUCAUGCUAACAUUGAUUGUACCUCUGCUCUUCUCUAUGUCUCAAUUUAAAAAA